AUGCAAAUGCUAGACGACCUGAUCAAUGAGGAAAUGGAAACCACCAGAGCGUCGGGGAGUUCAACCGAAGAGGAAGAAGACGUUACGAUCACCACGGACUACAACCACAACAGGCUAUCUCCACCUAUAGAGCUCAAAAAUACCAAAACCAAAAACCUCUCAAUGCUCACGAACUCAACGAAUUCUAACUCUAAUGUUAGUCUGGGAUGUACUCGGUCUGACAGCACUGCAAGCUCUUCAUUAGAAGUACUUCAGGUACCAAAAUUGCAUGAACAGGUACCGGAAACGAUACCUAUUAAUCCACAAGUUGAGGAGAUGUUCAGAUUACCGUUCGGCAAGAUGGAUGAACUAAGUCAAAAGCUGAAGGCAUUACAUAUGGAAUUAUCAUGA